GGUCCACCUGCCAGUUUAGUCGCCACACACGGCCACACCUGCCAGUUUAGAGCUUUGCUUUGCGGCGAUAAUGGCGAGCGACCGCCGCCUCCACGACCUGCUCCUCCUCGCAGCGGCGCUCUUGCUCUCCGCCUCCUCCGCCACCGCCGCGGACUUCGGGUACUGCAAGAAGGGGCGCCACUACCCGGUGCAGGUGAGCAGCGUGGAGAUCGUCCCCGAACCCAUCGUUCGCGGUGAGCCUGCCACCUUCAAGAUCUCCGCCUCCACAGAUAAAAGCAUCACCAAAGGGAAGCUGGUGAUAGAUGUCACAUACUUCUUUUUCCAUGUCCAUUCCGAGACUCAUGACUUCUGUGCUGGGACUACAUGCCCUGCUACUGGCGAAUUCGUGCUAGCCCAAGAACAGACUUUACCGUCGUUCACCCCACCUGGUUCCUACACUCUCGAAAUGAAGCUGCUGGGAGAUAAAAACGAGGUGCUAACCUGCAUCUCGUUCGGGUUCAGCAUCGGGUUCAUCUCACCUGUUGCCAUUAGCUGAAGUGAAGCCUUAAGUUACAACAAAAAUACCAAUUGAUGUUCCCGCAGAACUCUCUGAAUCCCACGCUGUACUCCGGAGCGACAAAGCAUGCGCGUCCCGCUGUGCUGUUUUGUUCAGAGCCGAACACAUAUCACUACUGCAUAUGGUGCAAUACAGUAAUAGAAACUCGAUUUCUGUCUGCUGAUGGUAGCAUCUGAGUCAGUGUGUGUAUAAUUGGACGCUGCAUCUUGUUAACCUUUUGUUCUGGUCCUGACGUCCUGUACUGGUCUGGACUCCUUGGUUGCUUCCACGAAUCAUGAGGGUUUCAAUGAUUGAAACUGGGACCGCUGCUGCAUUCAUUCCCUGAUGGCCGUCGACGACCUGUCCUGGUUUGCUGCUACUAGCAUGCUGUCCAUCCAGGCAGGCAGUCUUGGAAGAAGAAGGCGACGGUGAAUGCCGAUGUCUGCUUAGACAGAGAAGGUGGAGCCCGGAAGCACUACCGGAGUACCAGGCACCUCGUAUGCUCUAGUGCAAGCUCAUUUUCUCGUGCUUUGAUUAUUGUUGUAAUCUUCAAUGUUACUUGGUCCUAAGCUAUACACCUGUUAAGCAUUUGCGCC